GGCAACCAGAGCUUGGUGCCGUGCUCUCUCCAGUGCCUAUAAGCCUGCGAGCUGCAGUCGCCCGUCUCUCCUGCGAUGCCCCAGAUGCUGCUAGCAUCAUGCCCGAGGCUGGAACUUUUGAGGGCUGGAAUUGGCGACGAUCUUACAGUCUCGAGUGGAAGCCUCAGGGCUCUCGUCUUGUGUGGGCAACUCGACGAGGAGUUUGAGACGUUCGAGCUCACGAUCGACGCCCCGAAGCUGGAAACUCUACUGAUGCGACUGAGUCAAGCGAGUAGGACUAGCAUUCGGUUGCGCUCCCAGGAUCUGAGGAUGGCCAUGUUAUACAGCUCUUGUGUUCUUGACAAGCCAUGUCAGAAGCUGCGUAGCUUGACGCUUAUGGGAUCCUGGGCGAUGGAUUCCAUCGUCCAGCUCUCUCGGUUCUUGCCUCUGGCCUCGACGCUCUCACUGCAGGUCUUCACCAGCGAGUACAAGAUGACCAUGGACAAAAUCUUAUCUUGGUUUGGCCGCGUGGAGACGAUACAUGUCGACUGCUUUGCUUUUCAGUCGUUUUUGCCCGGGGGUGUCUCUAAGCGCAAGGAUCUCACGCUUCAUCUCCACCGCCACCCGACGUGAUGGUUGUCAUGGAUUUACUUGAAGCUCAUCAAGUCAAAGGGCUCGUCAUUCACUGCGCCGAGGAGAUGGAACUGUGCUUGCGGUGUUGUUCGACUUGGUUAUGGUCUUUCCUGGUCUCAUUUCUUUCACGCGCGAGGAGUUACAGCCAUAUUAUGAUCUGAAAAAUUACAACUAAAGGCAGUGAAUAUUCGACUAAA